AUGCCUUAUUUAAUACACCAGAACAGUGAACACCCCUGUUCUUCAUGCACCUCCCUUCUAGACAGUGCCACCUGUUGGGAGUGCCUUCCAGGACAAUGGCCCAGCGAGCAGCAGGACAGAUGCAUCCCAACCAUCUUUGACUUCUUGUCCUACACAGAAGCUUUGGGUGUGGUGCUGGCAACCUGCAGUUCCUUGUUCUUCUUGCUCUCGCUGUCAGUCUUGGGUAUCUUCAUACAGCAUCACCACACCCCAGUUGUCAAGGCCAACAACCACAAGCUCAGCUACCUCCUCUUGACCUCCCUGGCUCUCUGCUUCCUCUGCCCUCUGAUGUACCUUGGGCACCCAUCCCAGCUCACUUGUUCCUUCCGCCAGGCUGCCUUUGGCCUGGUCUUUGCCAUUUGCCUCUCUGCAACCCUGGCCAAGAUGGUGACUGUGGUGAUGGCCUUUGGAGCUUCUAAGCCUGGCAGCUGCCUCCAGAAGUGGGUGGGUUAUAAGCUCCCUGGCGCUCUCACCCUGGGCUGCUCCCUUGUCCAAGCUGCUGUAUGUGUCUGCUGGAUAACGGUUUGCCCCCCGUUCCCAUUACAGAACCCACUACAUGGGGGGCCUCUUGUGACCCUGGAGUGUGACAAAGGCUCAGUUGAGUUUUUCUACACCAUGCUGGGGUACCUAGGCUUUCUAGCCACCAUCAGCUUAGGGGUGGCCUUCCCAGCUUGCCAGCUGGCAACAGCUUUCAACGAGGCCCAACACAUUGCCAUCAGCAUGCUGGUCUUCACUUUCGUCUGGGUCUCCUUUGUGCCCUCCUAUCUCAGUGCCACAGGGAAGUACACGGUGGCCGUGGAGAUCUUCGCCAUCCUGGCUUCUGGAGCUGGUUUGCUGGCUUGCCUCUUCUUCCCCAAAUGCUACAUCAUUAUUUUGCACCCUAAGAAGAAUAACAGGGACCACCUGAUGGGCAGACAAAGGAGACUUUGCUUAUGCUCCAUGAGCUACAAAUGGACAGCACAUAUAUUUAGGAAAAGAGUUUCUGUCCCACUUUUGUCCCACUUUUCUGUUUAUCUACACCAGGCCUGGGGAGCCAGAAAGAGCCCCUUUGUAAAGAGCACAGCACCUAGAAGCACCGAUGGUCAGCUGAUCUCUGCUUCAGAAGCCCCUGUUGGCCCAGCCCAGCCAUCUUUUUACCUGUCCACACUUGAUGCCAUGUUAUGA